AUGCAAUUCGCCACCCCGCUCGUCCAGAACAACUACAUGGUAUCCUCGGAGAACGACUGCAAGGCCAAGUACGUGGCCUGGCGGCUCUUCCGCAGGCUGGCGAAACAAGGCCGUCUAUCGCUCUUUGGCUUUGCCGAGGAUAAUUGGUCAGCGGGUCGCCGGGACGCCGCAGCAAAACUUCCCAUGCCAGGUCGUUGCAGGCCCUUCCGCCUCUGGUGCGAUGACUUUAGGCCGGCCAACGCCAUAUUCGUCCUCGAUCCGCCCUGGUGGCUGCCGCUCGAGGUCCCAGAAAUGCGGGACGACGGGAUCGAUCAUUGGGCUAGCGUCUAUGAUAGGCGGAUGCAGAACGGGCUUGCGGCCAUGGAAGACGCAGAGAAAGAGGCAGAUUAUACGUCAAUGCAGGAAAGCAACCGCAAAAUAACAAGCACAGGUCCAGACCAAACACCUCCCCUGCUACCUCUACCAUACAUGCGCGAGAGCUGGGCCACGGGCCAAUUCUGGCUCAACUACGCUGCCAGAAAGAGCUGGGCCUUUGACACCAUCUAUUGGAAGUAUAUAGACGAAAGGUUCUUUGGUAACCGAGAUGAAAAUAUCCCCAAAGAUGAGUUGUGGAAGACGAGGGUGCAUCUCCUAAACCAAGAAGAACGAGGAGCCAUCGAAAUUAUGGUACAAAUCAAAAUAGAGGAAUCUAAAGAGCGAGUCUUGGUCGAACGGGACGCUGCGAGUGCCGAGCAGAGAUUUUCACACUUUUUGUUUGAAGGGUCACUUUCGAGUGUCCACAACAUAUAA